UUUGUGCAGAAAGAAUCUAAAAAAUUAUGUGAUGCACAAACUAAGAGAAGAAGGAAAAAAAGAACAUAAAAACUCAUAAUUUCUUUCCCUCCCAACUCUCAUUCACAAACACAAAUGUCUCUCCUCCCAUCUCUCCGCCCUCCCUCCACCCUCCUCUCUCUAUCGCAUAAAUAUCUCCACUUCUCUCCAAAAUCCCACUCUCUCCCCUUCUCCAGCCGCGCCUUCUCCGUCCGCUCCUCCUCAUCCGAAAAUCCCGCCUUUGUGGAUGAAUGGGGCGACAAAUCGGAGCCGGAGCCCGAACCCGCAUCCAGAUUCUCCGCCCCGGAUCCCCCCAAGGACGACGAUGAGUGGGGAGGGUCGGGAGUGGAAUUGGGCAACGGAAGCCCGGUUGUGGAAGACGGCGGCGGGAGGCUCUGGGAGCUUAAACGGGCUCUGGUUGAUACUGUUUACGGGUCGGAUUCCGGGUUCCGGGCUUCGGCGGAAGUCCGGGCUGAGGCCCUUGAGCUUGUUUCUCAGCUAGAGGCCGCCAAUCCGACCCCCGCGCCUACUGAAUGCCCCGACUUGCUUGAUGGCAACUGGAUAUUAGUGUACACAGCCUUUUCUGAACUAUUGCCUCUGCUGGCAGUAGGCAGUAUUCCAUUUGUGAAAGUUGAAGAGAUCAGCCAAUCUAUUGACACGAGCAGCCUUACCAUUGAAAAUUCCACCACGUUAUCGAGUCCCAUUUCUACCUUGUCUUUCAGUGCUAUAGCAUCCUUUGAAGUCCGGAGCCCUUCAAGAAUACAGGUUGAAUUCAAGGAAGGGAAAUUCAAACCUCCAGAAAUCAAGUCAAGUAUAGAUCUUCCAGAAAAUGUCAAUAUUUUUGGGCAGAACAUAAAUUUAUCACCAGUGCAGCAGUCUCUGAAUCCUCUUCAAAAUGGUAUCGAGGGCAUAGCACGUGCCAUCUCCGGGCAGCCUCCCCUUAAGGUUCGUAUUCCCGGUGAACAGACGAAAUCAUGGCUUCUGAUUACAUACCUUGACAAAGAUUUCAGGAUAUCAAGAGGGGACGGCGGCCUUUUCGUGCUUGUCAAGAAAGGAAGCCCUCUUUUAGAUUAGCAUCCAUCAUGUGUUGUGUUGCGUUGCGUAUACAUAGAUCAACAUAUCCCUAACUAUUUUUUCAAUCACCACAUUACAUUAUGAGCUCUUCGGGUGUUAUAUGUACAUUCAACAUCUAUAAAAUGUAUGCUGCCUGAACCUCUACUCAUUCAAAA